AUGUCUUCUCCAACCGUGGCCUUCUUCGGCGCUACCGGCGGUGUCACCAACGCCAUCCUGGUGCACACCCUUAAGGCGGGGUACAAGGCGAGCGCGCUCGUGCGCACGCCUCAGAAGCUGCGGGACCAGCUCACAGCGCAGGGCCUCUCCGCGGAGAUCAUCGCCAACUUGACCAUCGUGCAGGGCGACGCGCUCGACGUCCCGGCCGUGCGACGCACACUCAUGGCGGCGGCGGCGGCGUCUCCCUCAUCACCGAGCGGCCAUCUCCCCUCGGUCGUGGUGACGGGACUGGGCGGCAGCCCCAAACUGCAUUUCGACUGGCGUCACCCGUUCCAGAUCGCGCAGCUCGACAACCCGACGAUCUGCGCGACGGCGGCGCGGACCCUGCUCGCGGCCGUGCACGAGAUCUCUGCCGAGAAGAAAACCGGCAACACUACCACCGACAAUAACACGACUGCGAAUGAUGCGGCCUCGGAACCGCUCCUGACAUUCAUCUCCACGACGGGCAUCUCGCGCGGACCCGAGGACGUCCCCCCGCCCAUCCGCUUCCUGUACCACCAGAUGCUGGCCCUGCCGCACGCGGACAAGCGCAACAUGGAAGACCUGUUCCGCGCCGACGCUGCGUCCGCGGACCCGGCCUUCCGCACCGUCGUCGGCGUCAGGCCCACCCUGCUCGCUGGCGGCGCCGACUACCGCGACGGCAACGGCUUGGACAAGAUCCGGUGCGGCACAGAGGCGGAGCCGGCGCUUGGGUAUAUCAUCAAGAGAGCGGAUGUUGGGCGGUGGGUUUAUGAGAAUGUGGUCGGGGAGGCGUUGAAGGGGAGUAAGGGGAGGUGGGAGGGCGAGAUGGUCAGUUUGACUAGCUAG